AUGCGGGAAUUUUUCAAUGCUAUUAAAGCAUUUUAUGGGCCAAUCAUUCGUGGGGCAAGCCCCCUCCGCUCAUCUGACGAGUCGAAGGAUCUGGAACCUCACGGGUCGAAGGAUCUGGUAACCUCACGAGUUGAAGGAUCUGUAACCUCACGAGUUGAAGGAUCUGGUAACCUCACGAGUCAGGAUCUGGUAACCUCACGAGUCGAAGGAUCUGGUAACCUCAGAGUCGAAGGAUCUGGUGACUUCAUGAUCGAAGGAUCUGGUAACCUCACGAGUCGAAGGAUCUGGCAACCUCACGAGUCGAAGGAUCUGGUAACCUCGACUUGGAAGGAUCUGGUAACCUCACGAGUCAGAGGAUCUGGUACCUCACGAGUCGAAGGAUCUGGUAACCUCACGAGUCAGGGAUCUGGUAACCUCACAGUCGAAGGAUCUGGAUCUGGUAACCUCACGAGUCAGGGAUCUGGUAACCUCACGAGUCGAGGAUCUGGUAACCUCACAGGUCGGGAUCUGGUAACCUCAGGUCAGGAUCUGGUAACCUCACGACUUGAAGGAUCUGGUAACCUCACGAGUCAGGAUCUGAGACGAGAGUACCAAGUCACCCUCAGGUCUCGCAGCAAUUUGGACGGUGUCUGGGGCGCUAUCUGUGUUGCCGGUGCUUGUGUGAGCCAGAUGCUUUCUCUCACAUCUUGGACCCUCACACUUAGCCCCCUACGAUCCUCCAGCCCUCACCAGACCUCACCCUCAACCCCCUACGACCCUCCAGCCCUCACCAGACCCCACACUCAGCCCCCUUCGACCAUCCAGCUACCCUCAGCCCCCUUACGACCCACCAGCCCUUCCCAGACCCCACCAGCGCUCCUCAGACCCCACUCUAAGCCCACUACAACCCCCAGCCCUCCCAGCUUCACAUCGCCACUACGAUCUUCCAGUCCUCCCCAGUCCCACCCUGAGGCCUCCUACGACCCUCCAGCCCUCCCUAGUCUCCACCCUCAGCCCCCAACGACCACCCAUGUCCUUCCCAAAGCUAACUCUGAGCCCCCCGUACGACCUUUUAGCCCUGCUUCAGCCCUCACCUCAGCUCCCUACGACCCUGAGUCUUCUACCUCCACGACCCCCUGA